GAGUGCUGGAUGCAGCGGUGGGGAAGUGAUUCAGGGCCUCCCCACAUUAUUGGCAUGCACACACACACACACACACACACACUCACAAACACACACACACACACACACUCACAAACACACAUACAUACACACACACACACAAACACACAAACACACACACAGAAAAACGAUGAACAAAGUCUCUGAGGCUGCCCAGAGAAAAGGAAGCCACUCCACAGUAUGCAAGCCUCUCUUCUGUCUGACUGAACACUCAGUCAAACACACUUUUACACACACAUACACACACAUUCGCACACACACUCUUAAAGAGAAGCAUGCAGAAAAAGAGUGAGAGGAGCACAGAGAACAGGCCUCCGGCUGUACAGGGCCCCCAGCAACAAAGCCACUCUCCAGCAUGUAUGAACCCAGCCCUGAUGAGCUCCCCCUGGUACCGGUAUCAGGAUGAAGAUUCCCCUCCUCCCGAACACAGUUUCCCACGGCUUACCAAUGAGGUUCGGGCACCGGAGCUGGUACAUGUGUCAGAGAAGAACCUGUCAGAGAUCGAGAAUGUGCACGGCUAUGUUUCCCACUCUCACAUUUCACCACUUAAGCCUGCGCUGGUUACCCGGUAUGAUCUAACAUACCCGGGUGUGACUGCUGCAAACUACCUGGCAAGCCCUGCCCCAAUUAUUGUCAACGCAGACACUUUGGAAUCUGUACCUUACGUAAAUGGGACAGAAAUUGAAUAUGAAUUUGAAGAGAUUACAUUAGAGCGGGGUAACUCAGGGUUGGGGUUCAGUAUAGCAGGCGGUACAGAUAACCCCCACAUCGGGGACGAUCCGGGGAUCUUCAUCACCAAGAUCAUCCCUGGUGGAGCGGCAGCUGAAGACGGCAGACUCAGAGUGAAUGACUGUAUAUUGCGUGUGAACGAUGCAGAUGUGUCAGAGGUGUCACACAGUAAAGCAGUGGAGGCUCUGAAAGCGGCUGGAUCGAUUGUGCGGCUCUAUGUGCGCAGGAGGAGACCAAUACUGGAGACCGUCACCGAAAUCAAACUCAUAAAAGGACCAAAAGGGCUCGGCUUCAGUAUUGCAGGUGGUGUGGGCAACCAACACAUCCCUGGAGAUAACAGCAUUUAUGUCACAAAGAUCAUCGAUGGGGGUGCUGCGCAGAAGGACUGCAGGUUGCAGGUUGGAGACAGACUGCUUAUGGUGAAUAACUACACUCUAGAAGAGGUGACCCAUGAAGAAGCAGUGGCCAUACUAAAGAACACAUCAGAUGUGGUGUACCUGAAGGUUGGGAAACCCACAAGUGUCUAUCUCUCAGACCCCUAUGGGCCUCCUGAUAUCACACACUCAUUCUCACCUGCUAUGGAAAAUCAUAUCUCUUCCCCCGGUAAUAACGGCACUCUGGAAUAUAAAUCCAGUCUUCCACCCAUCUCCCCCGGCCGAUAUUCCCCCCUGCCAAAGCACUUGCAGGGGGAAGAGGACAUUAACAGGUUGGAUGGUUUUUCCUUCCUACGAAAUCCCUCGUUAGAUGAAAUGGAAGGUCACAGGUUUGAUUCCCAGCACUUCCAGUUGAGGCCUCCAGAGCCAGUUUACAGCACUGUGAACAAACUGAGUGACCGUGCCCCCUCUCCCCGCCUCUACUCCCCUGUGGAGUUUGAUAAAAGCCCCAUGCACUCAAUCCCCCACUUCCCUCACUAUCACAUAGGCCUGCUCCCUGACUCAGAGAUCAGCAGGGAGCCCAGGAAGAUUGUUCUUCACAAGGGCUCGACCGGGCUGGGCUUUAACAUCGUUGGAGGAGAGGAUGGAGAAGGCAUUUUUGUCUCCUUCAUACUGGCAGGAGGGCCUGCAGACCUCAGCGGAGAGCUGCGGAGAGGAGACCAGAUCAUAUCCGUUAAUGGAAUCGAUCUGCGAGGUGCCACUCACGAACAGGCAGCAGCUGCACUGAAAGGGGCGGGACAGACGGUAACCAUCAUCGCCCAAUACCGACCCGAGGAACUUGCCCUGUGCUCUCCACACCGAGCCCCACCUCCAACUACAGAAUACGGGCGUUUCGAGGCAAAAAUUCAUGACUUGAGAGAGCAGAUGAUGAACCACAGCAUAAGUUCUGGAUCCGGAUCCCUCAGAACCAAUCAGAAACGCUCACUCUAUGUCAGGGCUCUGUUUGACUACGAAAGAGCGAAGGACAGCGGUCUCCCCAGUCAGGGCCUGAGUUUCCGAUAUGGAGACAUCCUCCAUGUCAUCAAUGCUUCGGACGAUGAGUGGUGGCAGGCCAGGAGAGUAACGCCUGAAGGGGACAGUGAAGAGAUGGGCGUCAUCCCCAGCAAGAGGAGGGUGGAGAGAAAAGAGAGAGCUCGUCUAAAGACAGUUAAAUUCAACGCAAAGCCUGGUAGCCUUGACUCUAAAGGGUCAUUCAGUGAAAAGCGUAGAAAGAUUUUCAUCUUUACACGCAAGUUCCCUUUCUACAAGAACAAGGACGGCGAUGAGCAAGACGGCAGCGACUCGGAACGGAGUCAAGAGGAGUUCAUACUCUCCUACGAACCCGUCAUUAGACUAGAGAUUCAUUAUGCCAGGCCGGUUAUAAUCCUGGGACCCAUGAAGGACAGAAUCAACGAUGACCUUAUCUCCGAGUUCCCUGACAAGUUUGGGUCGUGUGUGCCACAUACUACAAGACCAAAGCGGGAUUAUGAAGUGGACGGGAGAGAUUAUCACUUCAUGAGUUCACGAGAGCAGAUGGAGAAAGACAUCCAAGAGCACAAGUUCAUCGAGGCCGGACAGUACAAUGACAAUCUGUACGGAACCAGCGUCCAGUCUGUGAAAUAUGUGGCUGAGCGGGGCAAGCACUGCAUACUUGACGUGUCUGGGAAUGCCAUAAAACGACUACAAGUAGCACAACUCUACCCUAUUGCCAUCUUUAUAAAGCCUAGAUCCAUUGAGUCCUUAAUGGAGAUGAAUAAGAGGUUGACGGAGGAACAGGCCAAAAAGACAUACGACCGUGCCAUGAAACUAGAACAGGAGUUUGGCGAGUACUUCACAGGUAACUGCAGAGUUCCCAAUCCAUCUCAAGGACCUAAGCUUGCCUAUAUGCUCAGAGGCUGGCUGAUAUCACCUCAUUUGCAUAUUCUGAUAGUCUGUUGCAUAUGCAUUACCUCUGGGGCCAACCAGUGCAGCUUGUUACAUCCAUCAUGUUUGACAGCAGAGCCACUGAAAUGACGCCCUCCCCUGAGUGAACCACACUAACUUCCUCUUGAAAUACGCAUUAGUAUGACCCCCAUGAGUCUGUAUGGGAUGCAUUUGAAACUGCUCGAUUACAUAAUGAUUCAUUUGUGGACAUUUCGAACACGUGUGGCUGUGCUAUUUUUUUAUUGUUUAUUCUGUUGCUUUGCAUCAGCGUGAGAGCUCCCUGUAGGGAUUAAAAAAGUGUGUUGCUUUACAGAUAACACUGUGUACUUUAACAGUAGAAAGAACUAACUUCCAUAAUAAGGGCGCUUUAAGAGAUUGCUGGGCUCAACAAUAAUAAUGGUCAAGUGGUUCGCCAGUGUGAGAGAGUUUGGAGCCAGUUGACAGAACUGUCACUUGCCCUAUUGGGCCAGUGUUCUGUUAUCACUACAUUUUAGGUGAAUGAUGUAUUGAACAUUGUUGCAAAUUCUGCUUGUUUAAAUAUGUCACCAAAAUAAAGUUAUGUAGUUGGCUAACAUAGAUGAGGUGAUAUAAAAAUUGAGAGAAUGACACCCUGUCUACACUGGACACAAGCAGCACGUUACGUCUCACCAAUUUCAAAUCACUUCCAUUAUAAUCAAUGACAGCAACAUUGAUUGUAAUGGGAUUGAAUUGCUUUUGACAAACGUUCUAAAAAGAUGAUGUUCACGGACAGUUGGCUGUGAGCUAUAGUGCAAAGCAUGUGCCACCUGUCAGAAAUAGAAUGGGGUGUCCUUCAACUGUCUGCAUGGCACGAUGCAAUAGUCACAUCCAGUGUAGACAGCAUCAUUGAUUGUAAUGGGAUCUGUUUGCUUUUUAUGAACAUUCUAAAAAGAUGACGUUCACGGACAAUCAGCUGUGAGCUGUAGUGCAAAGCACUUGCAAUGCAUCAGAAAUAGAACGUGGUGUCCAUAAACUGACUGUAUCCAGUGGAUAUGACCAUUGCUGUGCCACACAGACAGUUCCUCUUCUGAUGCGUUGCACGUGCUUUGCGCUAUAGCUGAUGGCCCGUGAACGCCAUCUUUUUAGAACGUUCGUCAAAAGCAAAUCAAGACCGUUAUAAUCAAUGAUGCUAUCUACUUUGGAUUUGACUGUCGAGCCAAGCUGAGAGAUUAGGGACACCCUGUUCUAUUUCUGAUGCGUUGCAGGCACUGCAUAUUUUUAGAACGGACGCUUCUGUGUGUUCUGUGUAGACUGCCCCAAACUGUUGCGGUGCGACACAAAUGCAAUAUUGGUCACGUGCAGUGUAGAGAGUGUGUGACUUAUAUUAAAAAAUAAUAUAAAGAUUUACAUAUAAAUCAUAUUAAAUUAGAGCUGUCAGAAUUAACGUGUUAAUGCAUUAAUUAAAAAUGUGAUUAAUUAAAAAAAAGUUUUCUUAAUCGUGAUUAACACAUUAACCGUUAAUUCAGCAUAAACCUCCAUAAACACUUGUUGGGAGGGCGGAAUGUUUAUAAUAUAUCCGCCCGGAGUCAUUACACUGACGCAUACACCACAGACAUAAACACAACAGCGCUUCUGUGUCAGUGAUAAAAUGAUGGAGAGAGGACUUCUUAGCGCUGUUUGAUGUACAAAACAUGCCCAGAUGGGACUUCUAAUAGAAAUCAAGUAUUUUAAUUACCACAGAAGCAUGUCAAGCGCAUCUUAACUAUCACCAAAACACAGAAUGAGACGUUUUUGUCCACAAGCGCUUGAGUUCAAAGUGACACUCAAUGCUGGCGUUGACACACUGAUGCUCAUGAAUGCAGCUUCAUGAUUGCUGUAGGAAAGUGGAUAGCCACAGUCUACUGGCAGAUUAAUAUUGCGGAGGAUGAGAGUUUAAGAGAUUUAAUGCCUAUUGCAAUGAAUAUGCAACCUAUGGGGAGACUGCUUCUUACAAUUAGUCAAACUCCCACUUAGACUUUAGGAAACGUUUAAUGUGGGCCUGGGUAGCUCAGCGAGUAUUGACACUGACUACCACCCCUGGAGUCGUGAGUUCAAAUCCAGGGUGUGCUGAGUGACUCCAGCCAGGUCUCCUAAGCAACCAAAUUGGCCCGGUUGCUAGGGAGGGAAGAGUCACAUGGGGAUACCUCCUCGUGGUCGCAAUUAGUGGUCCUCGCUCUCAAUGGGGCACGUGGAAGUUGUGCGUGGAUCGCGGAGAGUAGCAUGAGCCUCCACAUGCUGAGAGUCUCCGCGGUGUCAUGCACAAUGAGCCACAAGAUAAGAUACGCGGAUUGACUGUCUCAGAAGUGGAGGUAACUGAGACUUGUCCUCCGCCACCCGGAUUGAGGUGACUAACUGCGCCACCAUGACGACCUAGUAAGCAGUGGGAAUUGGGCAUUCCAAAUUGGGGAGAAAAGGGGGAUACAAAAAAAAAAAAAGGGGGAAACAUUUAAUGUUAGUUGAACUGGUGAUAUCUUAGUGCAUUUCUAUCUUUAUACUGUGGAAGGCUUUGUUUGGAAAAUGUUAAUAUAGUAUUAUAUUUUUACAUAUUAUUAUUUUUUUUAUUUUUUUUUUUUGUCUUUCCUAAAAUGGGGAUAAAUGCAUUUUGACAGGAAAAUAAGUAUAUAUGUUGUCAAAUUUCAGCAUUUUCAAAAUCUGCGAUUAAUUGCAAUUAACUACAAAAAUUUUGCAAUUAAAUGUGCCGUUAGCCGUUCUACUUCCACGAGACUGAGCCGUUGGAUUAGACACGCCCCCUCUUUCCAAAAACCGCCCUCAAAAGAUACCAAAAUAAGCUUUAUUGAGAGCAGAAACUGUUGAUAAAAAACUACAGCAGUAAAAUAGUGCCCUCAACUGACAAGUGUUAAGAACAACUUAACCUAAAAAUGCAUUAUGCCUCAAUAAUUCACUGCAACUACAACACUAUGAGAAUGUGCAAAAUGAUUGACAGGCAGAAAGCGUCAUUGUCUGCGGUCCGCAGACACAUUUUUGUUUGCUGUUUACAUAGUCUAAACUGUCACAGAGACCGGUGAGAGAUCUCAGGGCACUUGUUUCAUUAACAUCUUUCAGGGAGUAGGAACAUUUUUUGCAUACCUUUCCAUGAAAAAAAUAACUUACAGCACCUUUAAUCAUGAUUAAAAUAUUUAAUCGACUGACAGCACUAUAUUAAAUUUUCUAUAAAAAAUCUGUGUUGAAUGUUGGGUUGCCUAUUUUAAAUAGAAAAAGGCUACAUACAGUUGUUAAGUCUGUUGCUGGGUAAAAAGGCUAUUCUUACAGUUUAUUCAGAGGAAUCCAUGAGAAAUAAAACCACAUGUCUCCCGUUUUAUUAACAAAGUGGCUAAUGACCCAUUAAGCUAAAAAAUGAUCAUUAUGGAACUAUCAUCAUGGUUACUUACCUCUUAUGGAGCAAAAUGAUAAAAAGGUUGCUGUAUAAUGUGCAUGCAAAUGUAUUAACGUCAGCUUGUUCUCUCCCUCUCUCAGCGCUGGUUCAAGGGGACACACUAGAGGACAUUUAUAACCAGUGUAAGAUGGUGAUAGAGGAACAGUCUGGCCCUUACAUCUGGAUUCCCUCGAAAGAAAAACUAUAAAAAAAAAAUCACCUUACCCUGGCAGGGAUAUUGGACUGCAAAAAAAAAAAAAAGAAACAUAGGAAUAAUUUGUAACAUAAUAUAAAUUAUUAUUAUGCCAAUGUUUAUUGUUAACUCUUACAGUGAUUUUUUUUUUCCAUUUUUUUGUUUUGUUUAUUUUACGUUGCAUUAUUCACUUUCAAUAUGAAUGUUCCUGAAUGUACACCACAAAGUGUUAGAAACAUUUUUUGGUCUCAACAAAAAAGUGGACUCUUUGUUUAUUUGUAUAUUUAUGGGUUAGCAUUUUAAUUUAAGGAAAAAAUUAAACACAAAUUAGCACUGAGUAUUUUUCUUCACACAAACUAUGGGUUGGGAUUUCUAAACAGAAGGACAAAGAAGUAGGCCAGAUUAUCACGGUUCAGUUUUCCAUCACCAUCAUCACCACCACCAAGAAGAAAAUAAAACUUUCCACCCAAUCGGAUGGUUCCACCCAUUUCACUUACUCAGCAUCUAUGCACUCCUGUGGUUAACAAAACAUAUUGAUUGUGUUAUUAUUUUGUAUUUGUAUUAUUUUGUAAUUUUUUGUACAGACAUCCAUUUUAUUUGUGUGUUACUUUGAAGAUCUAGAUCCAAUUGUACAUGCUUCUAAGGGAUCCAUUGAGAAAAAGAUUCUUGUUAUUAUAAGAUGCUUUACUUAGAGUAAAUGGCUAAGGGGAUUCAACUAGCUAUAGGAAAUAUGACACUUUAUUUUGAUAUAUUGAUAAAGGACACCGUACCACAGAAAAUGUUUACAAAGAUGAUAUAUAACUUUGUCUAAAAAUAAUUUUGGAAGAAAUUUUACUGGUGUAUCAUAUUGUGUUGUCGACACUGUUUUGUUGAUGGGAAUGAUCGUGUGGACCCUGGACAUCAAAGCGGAUGAGGGGUAGUGAGUGCAUGUUUUCCCUGAACAAAAAUGCCCCCCUUCUUCCCUCCAAUUAUGGAAUCAGCUCAUUAUAAACUUAUCGAGAUUUUUAUAAUUCUUGGAACUUAGACUUUAAUAAUUGGCUGAGAAUUUGACAGUUUGAGUGUUUCAAGUCUGGAUAACAGGAAAGAACUUGUACGCCCUCCAGCCUUCCUCAAGCACCCUCUUAAGUGUUUACAGUAAAGUUCCCUUUACCUCAACUGCAGUUACGAGAGAAAAGAAGGGACUUGGGGAUAAGGUCUGCAAAACUGUCGUCCGGUCUUAAAGGGAUAGUCCACCCAAAAAUGUAAAUUCUUUCAUUAUUUACUCACUCUCAUGUUGUUCCAAACUCAAAUGACUUACUUGCUUCCGUAGAACACAAAAACAAAUGUUAGGCAGAAUUGUAGCCUCAGUCACCAUUCACUUUCAUUGCAUUUUUUUUUCAAUACAAUGACAGAAUGGUGUCUGACAAUAAAAAUUCUGCCAAACAUCUACAGUACAUUUGUUUUCCACCGUUGAAAGAAAGUCAUACAGGUUUGGAGUAAAUAAUACCAGAAUUUUCAUUUUGGGCAGAAUUAUCGCCUUUAAAGGCUAGUAGCUUAUAUGUAGGAUACAAAUCUCAGAUUCAUUUUUUGUUCUGUUUAGAAUUUUAGAAUGUUUUACUCAUGUCAAAAUGAUCUUGGCUUCCCGUCCACACAUUCACAGUGCAUACUUCUGUAAUCCAUGUUCCUUCCAUAUAUAGUUGAGAGAUACGUGUCCUCUUUCAUAAAUAGUAAAGAUCUUGCCAUGUGUGGAAACUUCAAAUGCCAAAAGCCAUUAACUCUGCUCACUCGUUUAAAAUGCGGGGAAAAUUAUUUGUUGCAAUAUUUAUUGGGAGAUGUUACAGAGCGGUUUUGUGGCAAGAGUCUUUUGACCUACUGGUCACCACUUGCCUUAAAAAAAGGUGAGAGGCUUUUAUGGCCAGAUAGACAUUUUUUACGCUUUCUUAAAGAACAGCACUUUUGUAUAUUUGAGAAAUUAUUCACACAUCGUGUUCAACCAGAUGGUUGACACAGAGAGGGAUUUUCAGACUAGAAAGACUGAAUAUCACAUUGAGCUCAUCAUGGUGUAAUAUGGAACUUCUUUGAAUAACAAUAGAUAAUGUAUAUGUAAUGACAAUGUAAACCAUGGAUGACAUCAGUGACUAUCAGAAUAUAUUCAUAAAUUUUAAAUGCUGUGAAACUAUUUUUUGUCUACACAUGUAGAAUUUUUGUUUUUCUUAUUCAAUGUGAUUGUUCUAUCAUCUGUAGCAUAUCAUUUUGUUUUAUAAUUUCAUUACACACAAUUUUUGAGAUCGUGAAAGGCUCUCAAAAGGUUUUGGUACUCUUUCUGUCCAAAUAUUUGCAUUUAAAUCUAUUAGUAUUAUUAUUUGGUAAUCCAUAUAUUUCACUGAUUACAAAGAGCAUCCAAAAUGAUGCAGUAGAUUUAAAAAAAAAAACCUGCAGAUUGUGUGCUCUUAAAGGAGGCUCUCUGCAGCCUUAUGGUGCUCAUAGCCUAAUUUGGUCCAUUAAUUCCAAGUGAAUGUUCAGCUUAGUCAAACCUGGCUGAAAUGGGUUGUUUUUGUCUCAGGUUGCCAGAUAGGACUUAAUCACAGAUAUUAAACCUUCGGAUCAGAGCGCACCUGUUUAUCACACAGAUCUCAGAUGUUUUUCCCCCCUAGUAAUUGCAUUACAGUUGUUCCUUUGUUCUGGAGUGUCUGACAAGUUUCGUUUGUGAUUUAUUUAUCCCCCAAAGGGCAAUGCAAAUUAUUUGCCACUCAUUAUUUAUUUAUUUUUCCCUGAACCCCCAAUGACAAUGUGCAGUUUUGUAUAUAAAUGUCUGUUUGCACUUGUUGUACAGGUUUAUAGGAGGAGAUCUUUGAUUUGAACACUGUCCCCAAACUUCUCUUUUUUUUUUUUUUUUUUUUUUGUUUUGUUUUUUAUUUCUAUUUACAUUACAGGAGAUUAAAAUUUAAUUAUUAAACACUUCCAUCCCAAUCUGUUUGCAGAUAUUAUUUCCUAGCAUUUAAUCGGUGUAAAGUUAAAGCACACUUAAAGGAAUAUUCCAGGUUUAAUACAAGUUAAGCUCAAUCGACAGCAUUUGUGGCAUAAUGUUGAUUACCACAAAUAUUAAUAUAGACUCGUCCCUCCUUUUCUUUAAAAAAAAAAAAAAAGGCACAAAUCUGGGGUACAGUGAAGCACUUACAAUGGAAGAGAAUGGGGACAAUUUUUGGAGGGUUUAAGGGCAAAAAUGUGAAGCUCAUAAUUUUCUAAAUGUUUUUACAGUGUUUUUACAGUCAUCUUAGGGUUUGUUGACAUUACAUCGUCAUGGCAAUGAAGUUGUAAAAUGGCUAAAAUUUUACGCAGAAAAGGUAAAUAAGUGGUUAACACACUAAAAUCAUGUUAACAUGCAUAUUGUUUAUGUCUUGUGGCUAUAAUUUUGUAAACAGUGAAUAUUUGAACGUUUAUGGAUUAGCCCCCAUUGACUUCCAUUGUAAGUGCCUCACUUUCACCUCAAUUUUUGCGUUUUUUAAAGAAAAGCGCAAGUCAAAAUAAAUUUUUUUGGUACUGAAUAUUAUGCCACAAAUGCCGUCGAUUGAGCUAAACUUGUAUUGAACCCGGAAUGUUCUUUAAGAAAGCGAGAAUGUACAGUUAUCUCCACACAUGAUUGUUAAACUGAAAUGGUUUUAUUUUUAUUUUACUUUUAUGAUGAAGGAAAAACAAAGAAAGUAACCUAUUGCAUCAUUUUUCAAAAUGUAUUCCUGGUUGCUUUGAGGAAUCCCAAUAAAACAUUGCUUUAGGUAUACAUGUAGGUACUCUAGUCGGCAUCCAUCUAUAAAAUAAAUUUAAAUUAAAGAUUUGGUGAGACUUUUGCACAUGUAUGUCUCUAUGUCCUCUUCAGAUGUUAAUACUCAGCUGUCCCUCAAUGUUAUUACCUGUCUUUGCCUUUUACAGUCCAUUGUGAGAGUUUGCAUGGAAAAGGCCAAACAACUCCAAGAUCAAAAGACAAAGUCAUUUGGCUCCCUCUUCACUGACAUCUAGACUCGCCUUUUAUUAAUUUAAACUGCCACUCAAUUGCAUGCCAUUUAAUUGAUAUUCAGAGUUUGCCAUGGAAGACAAAACACUUUUGCUCUCCCAUUUGCCCUAAA